AGUAAACACUUGCAUGUUGCCAUAUGCGUGGUCUUCUUCCUUAAAUCAUCGUUCUCCGAUUCCAGUUUGACGGUGGAGGAGGGCGGAGUACAACUCAGUAAAACUCUCGGUACUGAUGUUCUGUCUUAAAACACCUUUACCUUCAGGGAAAACAUCGACGGAUUGUUUUGGCUGUUCACUUUGCAGGGAACUUUAAUUAGCCUAAUAUUACGUUAUUGAUGUUGAGUUACCGACCGGCACCGUUGUAUCUGGUCGAAUAACCUUUUGGACCGUUUACAUACGACACUUCUGGUGUGUCAGUUAGUUACCUAGUCAGUCGAGUCAGUUAGACCUGAGAUGGGCCUCAGCUCGUUGUUGUACCUGUGUGGUCUGUUGACCCUGUGUGGCCUCCGGGGUGUGCUCUCUCAGUCCACCUCUGCCCCCUCCUAUGGCGAGCGGGGCUCAGAUCUGGGUCUCCAGGUGUUUAACCAGGUGGCCCGCUCCAGACCACAGGACAACGUGGUGUUCUCCCCACAUGGCGUGGCCUCAAUCCUGGGCAUGCUGCUGCCAGGCGCUCAUGGAGACACCCGAAGUCAAAUCCUCACAGCUCUACGCUACAAGAAGAAUGGCCCUUAUAAGAUGUUAAGGAAGCUCCACAAGACACUGACAGCCAAAUCCAACCAGGACAUCGUCACCAUCGCCAAUGCUGUGUUCUCCCAGCAGGGUUUCCCUAUGGAAGAGGCAUUUGUGUCCUCCAACAAGGACAACUUCCAGUGUGAGAGUCGGACCCUGAACUUUAAUGAUGCUCAGGCUGCAGCAGGCCUUAUCAACAGCUGGGUCAAGAACCAGACCAAAGGCCACAUCCCCACUCUGGUCAAGGCAGACAUGUUCAAUGGGGCUCUGACUCGCCUGGUGGCAGUCAACGCAAUCUACUUCAAAGGCCUGUGGAAGUCCCGCUUCCAGCCAGAGAACACCAAGCCGAGAACCUUCAAUGGGGGGGACGGCAAUGCCUACAAGGUCCCCAUGAUGUCCCAGCUGUCUGUCCUCAACAUUGGUCUAGCCAGCACGCAACAAGGGCUGAAGUAUAAAGUGAUCGAGCUGCCGUAUCACGGCAACAGCAUAAGCAUGCUGAUUGUCCUGCCAUCUGAUGAGGACACGCCCUUACGUGAUGUCAUCCCUCAUAUCAACACAGCCACUGUGCAGAGCUGGACCAAGCUUCUGCACCAGAGGAAAGUUCGUCUGCUGCUGCCGAAGUUUUCUGUUGAAGCCGAGGUGGACCUACAAGCCCCCCUUGUAGCUCUGGGGAUAAAAAAUCUCUUUGACGAGGGCAAAGCUGACUUCAGACACCUCAGUACAGAGCCUGUGUAUGUAUCUAAAGCCCUACAGAAAGCCAAAAUCGAGGUCAACGAGGAUGGAACAAAAGCAUCUGCUGCCACUGCUGCCAUUUUGUUGGCGAGGUCCUCUCCACCUUCAGUCAUAGUAGACCGGCCCUUCCUCUUCCUUAUCCGGCACAAGCCAACAGGCACAAUCCUCUUCGCAGGUCAGAUCAACAAGCCUUGAGCUAUUCCUGCCUGCUGGUACCGCUUCGCUGGAUUGUGUGUUCUGAUGUUCAAAAUAAUACAUUGAUCUACACAGUAAACAUCUUGCUCCCAGGCAAACACACUCAUACUCAACACAAGCGCACUCUAAGUCUUGUAUUUUUGAUGCCUGGAGAUCUGUAUACAAUGUGGAAAUUGUGAUGCUAUUUGUUUUGAAUGUUUGCAUUCAUUUUACAUUGGUCAAUAAUAGCCUAUAAUGUUCAUAUUUCAAGUGUUUUAAUUAUAUUUUGUGUACUUUCUAGAAUAUGUGCUACUUUUCAUUACUGUGAAUGUUAAGCAGUAUAUUGUAUAGAUUACAUUUCAGUUUGAAUUCAUAUUAAUGUGGUUUUACAUUCACAAGUUCAGAUUGGAAAGUUAAACACUCCAGGUUACUGAAUUAGUUUACAUGUAGACACACAAAACCAUGUUUUAUGUCAAUCAUUUGCAUUGAAAUCUGGUUUCGUACUCCAGUGCUCUGUAUGCAGAUUUUCUACUUUUUUAACAUGUAAAUGAAAACAUAUUUGUUGAGUUGGAAAAUUGAAAGAAUUGACAAAGUGCUUAAGCUUAAAUAAACAUACUUUCUAGUA